UAGGUAACGGAUCGUCCCGCCCUUGCCACACUGAUGGUUGUGGUAAUUCAUCGUCCUCACGACGUAGUGACUGCUGGGAGAAUUUGUGGAUGAUGCCGUCGACGGUAUCUUCUUGAUAGGGACUCCAUGGAGGCAAUGGCGACUGUCGUGUCGCCGAUACAGGCGAGGGGAAGGAUAUGUCGGUGGGUGAGGCGGAAAUCGUCUCUUCUUGCUGAUCGGUUGGUUGUGCCUGAGCGGCAAACGUGAAGUGCUUGAACAUGGUGAUAAAAUUUGAUUACAGUAUUACCGUGCCUCGAGGAUCAAUGGAUCAUCAUCGAUGCAGUUCCAGAAGGAAGAAAGAAUGGGGGAUGGUGCGAUUAUGAGUCCAUUCGCAGGCCCAGACGAAACGUCGCGGCUGAAUCCAGAGCUGAGAGCUCGCGAUCCGGGAACAGAGGGAGCAAUAAUGCCUCGAGUCGUGGGGCCAGUGCUAAGCUGUCUCGAGUCGAUUUCCAGCAGAAGGGCGUUUGCGCACGGGAAGACGAUGCUGAAGUCGAGUCUGUUCGUGCGGGAGACGCUCCUAUUAUUUCGAUGCAGCUGUAAAGUUAAGGGUGAGGGUGAGGGUGAGGGUGGAAUGGGUCGAGGUGGAGGUCGAGGUGGAGGUCGGGGUGGAGGUCGAGUUCGAGUUCGUUGGGUAGCAGGAUGCGAUGAUGGCGAGAGGACGGAGGAGCGAAACAGUUCGGCCUGGCCUGCCUGUCGCUUGGCGGGAGAGCAGCACCAAGCACGCAUCAACCAUCAACCCAAUAUCCCGCACCCGGCACCAGCACCGCACCAGCACCCAGCACCCAGCACCCAGGAUUCCAGCGAGCAGAGGGAGCGACACCCACACUAGCGGCUAGCGUGCGCCUCCACGGGUGGGACUAGGUUGCAUUGGGAAGCUCGCCGCUGCUCGAUUGGACGAGAGGCCACUGGGCAGGGAUGCAGGGAUUCCGCCAUUUUUGGUCAG